CACGACCAGAAGCCGGCCAGCCUUGCAGGGGAGUUUUGGAGGCCACUGUGAUCUGUAUCACCGUGUGCGUCUGGGAAACACUUCUCAGAGACCAAGUUAUUUGCAGCGUUAUCUAUUCGAAGCGAUCGACUUGACGAUGCCGCGCAAGGCAAUCGACUCGCGGAUUCCGGCGCUCAUCCGAAAUGGCAUCCAGGAGAAGAAACGGAGCUUCUUCGUGGUGGUCGGGGACCGGGCGAAGGAUGCCAUUGUGUAUCUGCACCAUAUCAUGUCCAGUGCGGAUGUGAAGCAGAACAAAUCGGUCUUGUGGGCGUAUAAGAAGGAUCUGCUGGGGUUCACCAGUCACCGGAAGAAGCGCGAAGCCAGGAUCAAGAAGGAGGUCAAACGGGGCAUCCGAGAGCCCAACCAAGAGGAUCCGUUCGAGCUGUUCAUCACUUUGAACCAAAUCCGCUAUGUCUACUACAAGGAGACCGAGAAGAUCCUCGGAAACACGUACGGCAUGUGCAUCCUCCAAGACUUUGAGGCGAUUACCCCGAACCUGCUGGCACGCACAAUUGAAACGGUUGAAGGAGGUGGUCUGGUCAUUCUGCUUCUGAAGGGCAUGAACAGCUUGAAGCAGCUGUACACUUUGUCCAUGGAUAUCCACUCGAGAUAUCGGACAGAGGCCCACGACGACGUCGUGGCUCGUUUCAACGAGAGAUUUAUCCUAUCGCUGGGGAGCUGCGACUCGUGUUUGGUUGUCGAUGAUGAGCUCAAUGUCUUGCCGAUAUCCGGCGGCAAGAAUGUGAAACCACUUCCACCGCCCGAGUCGACGGACGAGUCCAAGUCCGUCACAAAGAAGGAGCUGCAGGAAAUCAAAGACAGCCUGGCGGACUCUCAGCCCGUCGGUCCGCUGAUCAACCUCGCACGCACGGUAGACCAGGCAAAGUCUCUUCUUACCUUUGUCGAUGCCAUCGCCGAAAAGACUUUGCGGAGCACAGUCACCUUAACCGCCGGCAGAGGUCGAGGAAAGUCGGCCGCUCUGGGUGUGGCUAUUGCUGCUGCAAUUGCCCACGGCUAUAGUAACAUCUUCAUCACCUCCCCCAGUCCGGAAAACUUGAAGACCCUCUUUGAAUUCGUUUUCAAAGGGUUCGACGCCCUGGGAUAUCUUGACCAUGUGGACUACACCAUCCUCCAGUCGACGAAUCCAGACUUCAACAAGGCCAUUGUCAGGGUCAAUGUCCACCGCCAACACCGCCAGACCAUCCAGUACAUUCAGCCUCAGGAUGCUCAUGUUUUGGGACAAGCAGAGCUUUUGGUUAUUGACGAGGCCGCGGCCAUCCCGCUUCCUCUGGUCCGCAAAUUGAUGGGACCCUACCUGGUGUUCAUGGCGUCCACAAUCAACGGUUACGAGGGAACGGGCAGGUCUCUGUCCCUGAAACUGAUCCAGCAGCUCCGAGAGCAAUCCAGGGGAGGCUUGAAGGUCCCCGGGGCGGAAGACACGGAUAUUGCGGACCGAUCAACGGGCAAAGCUGCCAAGAGUACAGACAAGCAUCUCGGUGGACGAUCAUUGAGGGAAAUCACCCUGGCGGAGCCGAUCCGAUAUGCCCCUGGUGACUCCGUCGAGAAGUGGCUGAACAAAGUCCUGUGCCUAGACGCUACUCUGCCCAAGUCCAAGAUGAACACCCAGGGCUGCCCACACCCCUCACAGUGUGAGCUUCUCCAGGUCAAUCGCGACACCCUUUUCUCCUUCCACCCUGUCUCGGAGAAGUUCCUCCAGCAGAUGAUGGCUCUGUACGUCGCCAGUCACUAUAAGAACACGCCAAACGAUUUACAACUGAUGAGCGAUGCCCCGGCCCAUCAGCUUUUCGUUCUUGUUCCGCCCGUUGACGAAGAAGCCACCAAACUGCCGGAGCCUCUUUGUGUCGUCCAGGUCGCCCUUGAAGGUCGCAUCAGCCGGCAGAGUGUCCUGAACAGCCUGAGUCGAGGCCAACGCGCCGGCGGGGACCUGAUCCCUUGGCUGGUCAGUCAGCAGUUCCAAGACGAGGACUUUGCUGGUCUCUCGGGUGCCCGUGUGGUCCGUAUCGCGACCAACCCGGAGUAUCUCAACAUGGGUUAUGGCUCGCGAGCGCUCGAGCUUUUGAUUGAUUUCUUCGAGGGUAAAUUCACGAGCUUGUCCGAGGACAACGUUGAGUCCCAGGAGGAGAUGCUCCGUGUCACCGACGAGGAAUUAGCCAACUCCAGCCUCCUCGACGACAAUAUUCAAGUACGAGACAUUCGGGCCAUGCCGCCACUGUUCGGAAAGCUUUCUGAGCGUCGUCCGAAUUCGCUCGACUAUAUCGGUGUCAGUUAUGGUCUGACUCCCUCGCUGCACAAGUUCUGGAAGCGUUCGUCGUUUGCACCUGUGUAUCUUCGGCAAACCCCGAAUGAUCUAACUGGCGAGCACUCGUGCGUUAUGCUACGGACGCUAUCCACCGGCUCCAACGACGUCAGCUGGCUGGGCGCCUUCUCUCGGGAUUUCCACAAGCGAUUCCUGAGUCUGCUGUCCUACCAGUUCCGCGAGUUCCCGUCCGUGCUCUCUCUGAGCAUCUGCGAGUCAGCCAACAUGGGCGCUAAAUCCGAUCCCUCCUUUGCUCCCCUGGUGCUGCGAAAGGCCGAUCUCGACGCCACCUUCUCUCCCUUUGAUCUCAAACGACUCGACAGCUACGCCAACAACCUCCUCGACUACCACGUGAUCCUAGACAUGGUGCCCAUGAUUGCAGAGUAUUACUUCAACGGCCGUCUCACUGGCAAGAUCAACUUGUCGGGCGUCCAGCAAUCCAUCCUGCUCGCCAUUGGGCUGCAGCGGAAGAAGCUCGAGGACGUGGAGAAGGAGCUGAACCUGCCCGCGUCGCAGCUUCUCGCCAUGUUCCUGAAGAUCAUCCGCAAGCUCUCCACGCACUUCCGCUCUCUCAUCGAGGGCGCGGUCGCCGAGACCCUCCCCGCGGAAAAAGUUCCCAUGACCGAGGCCUCCACAGGAGCACACGACGACGUUGUCGACGAACGGUUCAAGCCCCUCGAUACUAGCCUUGAGGACGAGCUUCACGAAGGCGGACAACAGGUGGAUGCAGAGCUGAGAGAGAAGCAACGAGCUCUUAUUGACGCUCUUCCUCUUGACAAAUACGAAAUUGACAACGGUUCCGUCGCAUGGGAAACAGCCGAAGAGCAGAUCCGCAAGGGUGGCGGCUCAACGGUCAGCAUCAAGUCUGCCAAAUCCUCUAAGCGCAAGAAGGGCGAGUCGGCUCGGGAGAUCUACGACAAGGAGGUCGAUUCCAAGAGACAGAAGAUCAUCAAGAAGGGAACCGAGGGAAGACAGAAGAAGUAGAUGUUUAAAAUCCCCAAAAAAAAGUCCUAUAGAUCUGUCCUUGAAUUGAUGGAUGUAUUCCUUGCAUGGGUGAUACGGUGUUGCCGGUUGUGUUGAUUCCUUUUUUUUCCCCCUACGGAGACUAUAUUAUUCUGUAUAUAAGAUGAUAUGUUCGCGUAAAGCUGACUACGAGAAGAGGAAG